CCUUAAUAAAGCAACAGAAAUAAGGGACGUGAAAAAAAAAAAAAAAAAGCUAAAAAAAGAGACCUUUUUUUUUCUCAACUUUCCCGAACCCCGUAUUAUGCGUAAGUCUACGACUCAUUUAAAAGAUGUGUCUAGAUUUCUAAGUACACCUGUAGAUAGUGGGAAAAGUUCUGUAAUACCAACAACUUGUAGGCGGAAUUCGCAUUUAAGUGCAUUACUUAAUGCUUUCCCACUAGAAAAACAACAACAGAGACUCAUACCCAACAAUAGACGAUCCACACUGAUCCGAACCAUGUCCACUUCUACAGCCACAAUAGAGAAUUUACCAAUCGCUUUACCACCUGUCACUGCUUCAUUUAAAAGAAAUGUCAUAACCCCAACCCCAACAACAACCGCCGCAUCCAGGUUACAGGGAUCACUCAGUCUAUUCAAUUUAUCGGACACUGUUGUUUUAGCCGAUUUGGAUCAUGCCAUUCAAAUUCGUAAUGCAGACAAAGCUUGGUCGCUCUUUAUUACCCUUGCUUCAAAACAAGACGAUACUAUCCCGUUUAAUAUGUGCUGCUCGUUAUAUUCUCUUUUGGACUUUUGUAAACGAUUGGCUGGUGGCGCCAAACAAGCGACUAAACUUCGACAACGCCAAUUGGAUCAAUUAUUGGAUUAUGUGCAGCAGAAUAAUUCUUCCUUGUUAUUUUUAUCAUCUAUUCAAGAAAUACCAAUAUCAAGCCAUAAACAACUGUUACGAGCAAUUCGAGUAGAGGACCAAAGAGAGGCAUGGCAUUUGUUUUAUAGAUUGCACAAGGCGUCAGUCACAAUCGAUAAGUUACCUAGAAAUACGUGUAUCAAAUUAAUGGUGUUCAUGAUGAAGGAUCGAACGUUGGAUAAAAAUCAACUCAAGUCAAGAUUGCAAUUAAUUGCAUUACAUGGUGCCGGAACGUCAGAAUUUGACAGUCGAUAUAUGUCAGCAGCGGAUGUGUUACGUAUUGCAAAUAUUUGUCAUGGAUACGAAAAAAGCGAAACUUUUGCUCAUAACCUGAUUGAUGAGUUUGUGGUAGGGAUAUUCAAAAAGAAACAGUCGAUAAGGGCGGAUGCGUUAGACGAGUUAAUAUGGAGGAUAUUAGUGAAUCAGGAUAUAUCAAAGGCACAUCAGGUGUUAGACACAGUACAAGCAAAAUACGCAGAUAAGGUGGAUGUAAAUGAAAUGGUUUUUGUAAAUUUGAUGAAUGCAUACAGGCGGCAAAAGAAUUAUCACGAAUCUCUCAAGUUAUUUGAAAAGCUGCUGGAGGAGAAAAAUACACGACCUACGAUCAAAUCAUUUAAUGCUGUUUUACAAAUUUUUGCGGUGCAAGGGUCAGCAGAUAGAGCAUCUUAUAUAUUUGAAACAAUGAAUCACCUAGGCGUCAUACCAGAUAUAUCUUCAUAUACGGAACUGAUUCGAGCGAAUGCACAUAAUCUUAAAACUUGCAUCUAUUAUUACAACAAGAUGCGUCAAAACGAACUUAAGCCCAAUGUUUAUACGUAUAGUGCUCUUAUUGAGGCUUCCUCUAGACGAAACGAUAUCAAAUCUGUGCUUGAAUGGUUCCAAACCAUGUUGGAUGAAAAUGUUCAACCGAAUCAAGUUGUUAUAUCCUGUAUAUUAAAAUCUCUAUCGAAACAACAUAGCGAGUACCCCAAUAUGCCCGAAGCUGUUAUUCAAAUCGCUCACCAAGCUGCCAUGGCUGGUAUCAAGACUGAUGCGGCACUUUAUACCAUCCUGUUAAAAAUGCAGGCCGAAUCUAUUGGAAUCGAGGGUGCGCUCAAAAUUCAUCGGGAUAUGUUGGCUCAAUCUGUAGAACCCAAUGCUUAUACAUAUACUAUUCUAAUCAAUGCUUGUGGAAAGUUCAGGAUGCCUGAAACGGCUGAAAAGAUAUUCGACUUGAUGAAGAAUAGCGCACGACAUCAACCAAAUACAGUUACUUACACAGUUUUAAUGGAUGCUUGGUCAAUAGCAGAUAGGAGGGAUAAAGUGGAAGGUCUGAUUUCCGAAUUCUUGAAGGAGUGCAAAUCUGAUAAAAGUGGAAGAUUAUGGCUGGACACAAGAAUCCGCGAAAGAUUAAAAUCAAGUUGCUGUUAAAACAAC